AUGCCUACUCCGCACUUAUCAAGAGCCCCAUCAGGACCAUCUCCUAAAUAUGCCACUGGAGAUGAAUUAUGUGAUACUACUUGCCCAAUUGAUUGGGAUACAAAUGUAGUGAAUUUCAUAUCUACUUGCCUACAUCCUGGUUUAGUUCGACGUACUUCGUCAUCGGCUGUUGGUCAUGGUUUUGAUAAACCAUAUCAUUUUAGGCGUCAACAUCGUCGAAAUUUUUCGACAGCUACAGCAGCUGGAUAUACUAAGUAUCCUGAUAUUCAAAAUGCUAGUAGUCGACUUCCAUAUUCGAAUGCUUUCAACCAUUCAAAUGAUUAUCAAGUCGCUCCAACCUAUUAUAAACGUGUUUUAGGUCACACACGUAAUAUAAGUGACCCAACAUCUGGAUGGGAUUUUCGUGUUGUCAAUAAACCUCUUACUCUUGAUCAGUUAACUGAAAGACCAUCAUUUAAUUGGGAUGGUUUUGAUGGACAGCAUCCAGUUGUAUCCUCUGAAAAUCAGCACACCCUUCCAGAUGCUUCAGCCAUUCAUGAAAUUAAAGCCGAAAAUUAUCCUUGUUUAAAACCCUCUCCUCCGUCCAAUGAUGUGAUAGAAAGUUCACUUAUGUGCACAGGUGAUAUGGAAAUUAGUCAAACGAGGAAUUCUGAAUGUGAUGUUGAUGAUAAUACUGGUGCUUGUUUAUCCCCUUGUUUUCGUUCCUGUGCUAACCCAUGUGUCGUAUUAGUUGGAUUAUGCCUAACAAUGUUCAUGCAAACUAUGGUGGUGUCUGGUCUAAUGAGUAGCAUGUUUACUACAUUGGAGAAGCGAUUUAAUUUAACCAGUCGUCAAAUUGGUUAUAUGAUUAGUUGUUAUGAAAUAGCUGGUGUGGUAACCACAGUGGUAGUUAGUUUCAUCAAUGGACAAAAGCACAAUCGUCUACGUGUCAUUGGUUUAGCAACAUUAAUCCUGGCUCUUGGUUUCGGACUAUUUGCAUUGCCUCAUUUUUUAGCUGGUCCCUAUAGACCAAGUUUAUUUUCUUAUGAUACUACUGCUGUCGAGAAUGAUAGUCUCUUACAUUCAUCUCAUGCUCCUCCUUAUCAUCUUCAUUCUAAUCAAGAUCCAACAGAUCAAAUGACUGGACCAAUUUGUAUUCACCAAACACACAAUACCGUUGCUUCUCAUGAGGUCAUUCAAACAUCUUUUGCUGAUGAGACUAAUGUUGAUGCCAGUGUUAUUCGUGCUGUCUCACUGACAACUACUAAUCACGUAAAUAAUAUAAACAGUAACAGUACUAAUGGAUUAUCAAACAUGGAAUCAAUAAUUAGUAACGACAUUGUUACGUCUGUUCUUUUUCCAACUUUUUGUAUUGCAAUGCUGUUAGCUGGGAUAGGUGCUAGUCCUCUGUAUGUUUUAGCACCAACUUAUUUAUGGGAUAAUUUAACAGACAGACAGUAUCCAAUCUAUGCAGCUUUAUUCUAUAGUGCUGGUGGCCUAGGACCUGCUUGUGGAUUUCUUGCCGGUGCUGGGUUUUUGAGUAUUUACAUAGACUCACCAUUCAUGCUUCCUCAAAGUGGUGUAGAUCGUAAUAGUCCUUUAUGGCUUGGUGCUUGGUGGCUUGGCAUGCUCGUUUGUGCUGCCCUUACCUUUAUGGUGGCGUUACCUGUGAUAUGCUUUCCUAAGCGACUUACAGUUAAGAAAAAUGUGUCUGUCACACAACUGGGUGGAUAUGGAGAUGUUGACGAGACCUCUCCUUCUACAGCUCAAUGUGCUAAUCAUAAUAUUUACAAUGACAACAAUACUACUGAGCCUAGUAAUAACAGUAAUAUAAAUUUAUCAUACAUAAAGUCACCGAAUGGUUUACCUGAUACUAGUGAACAAAUACAAAAGACAACAAAAAUGACAGCAACAACAACUUGUGUCACUACACCAUCAACCUGUCAGGGUCAGCCAGCUUGUCGUACUACUGUUAAAUAUCCAAGUUUAGAUGAAUUUAAACAACAACAGCAGCGGCAACCACCGCCGCUUCAGCAACCAUCAACAGUGGUGCAAGAUAGCAUCGGUUUUCAUAAUACUAUUACUACUAGUACUGUCAAUACAACUACACCAUUUCCAACCGAUACAUUGAUUAAUGUUGGGACAAAUGUUGCCAUCCCUUCUAACCAUUAUUAUUUGCAUUCAAAAGAUUAUUAUAAUGAUGUCGCUAAAGGUGAUGGUUGUGUUGCUGCUACUAUGGAACAGCUGAAUGAUAUAAACAACGAUAACGGUGAUUUGCGAAUGUCCGCGAAAAAGUCUCUGCGUAAUUCCUUUCAUAAAAGCCGUACUAAAUUAAGAAAAAAGAUUAAAGCUUUAAUCCUUAUCCUUCGUCGUGUACUAACCAAUCCAGUCUGGUUGGGGGUAACAUUGAGUACUGUGGUUGAACAAUCCAUUGUAGCGGCAUUUCUAACAUUUGCUGCAAAAUAUAUUCAAAUCUUAUUUCAUGUACCAGCUUAUUUAGCUAGUAUUCAUACAGGUGCUGUGAUAGUUCCCAGUUCCUUAUUAGGCGUUUUAUCCGGUGCCCUACUAAUGCGUCAUUUUCGUCCAACAUUACAUCGUACGCUGUUCGGUCUAUGCAUCAUGAUUGCUAUCACUGUUGUAACAAGUAUUAGUCUAAUGUCUAUUGGUUGUCAUUCAAGUCGAAUGGCAGGUAUCACGGCUACAUACGAUGGAAAACGUUGGCCUUGGCGAAGUGGUCCAGGUUUCUAA